AUGUCAACUUCCACCCGCUUGUUCGUCGGAAACCUCAACUUCGACACAACCGACGAGGGUCUAUCUAGUCACUUUCCGAAGAGUCUCAAGGCAUUUGUUGUUAGGGAAAGGGAGAAUGCACGCUCACGAGGCUUCGGGUUCGUCUCAUACGCCACAUCCGCAGAAGCAGAGUCAGCCGCCAAAGGGCUACACGGCACAAUCCUGGACGGCCGUGAAUUGACCGUGCGGAUAGAGUCGCCCAAAGCAACCGGCGGGUCCCCAUCCCCAAAACCAUCACCAAAACCUCAAAAGACCCCCACCAAACCCUCAAAAGACCCCAAACCCUUCCCCAUCCACCCCGUCCCCCACCCCCUCGUGGACAUUGGCGCCAACCUCACCAACCGCACCCUAGCCCCGCACAUUGACGCCAUCCUCGCCCAAUCCGCCGCCGCCAACGUCAAAACGAUCUUGAUCACGGGAACCUCCCUGAAAGCUUCCAAAGAGGCUCUGCAGAUGUGUAUAGCGCAGGGAGAUAACAUCCAUGGAGUGAAACUGUACGCAACGGCGGGCGUACACCCCCACGACGCAUCGCACACCAUCAAAUCCGGGCCCGGGUGGAUAACCCAACUCGAGACACUGAUCACGGAAAACAAACCCCACAUCAAAGCAGUAGGCGAAUGCGGCCUCGACUACGACCGCAACUUCUCCACCCCCGCCGACCAACUCACCGUCUUUGAAGCCCAGCUGCACCUCGCGCAGAAACUCGCCCUGCCCGUGUUCCUACACAACCGUGACGCGCACGACGAUUUUUUGAGGUUACUGAGGAAAUACCCCUCCGUCCGCGCCUGCGUGCACUGCUACACCGACGACGACGCCUCCCAUCUCCAAGCAUACAUCGACGCAGGGUACUACAUCGGUAUCACGGGCUGGGUAUGCGACGAGCGACGCGGACUGAAACUGGCCGAGAUCAUCCACAAGAUCCCGAUGGGGCAGUUGAUGGUCGAGACGGACGCGCCGUACCUUCUGCCGCGGAAUGUGGUGGGGCGGAAGGUGAAGCAGAAUGAGCCGGGGUUGUUGGGGUGGGUUGUCAAGAAGGUCGCGGAGUGUUAUGGGUGCGAGGGGGCGGAGGUUGCUAGGAGGACUACGGAGAAUGCUGAGAGGUUUUUUGGGAUUUGA